AUGCAGCGUCUCUCCGUUGCUCGUAGCAUCACCGCGGCCGCCGGACGCAGCGCCUCCAGACGACUCCCCACAGCAGCUACUUCCAAUUACCCCAGGAUGGCAUCCCGAGCCUCCAUCGCUGCGCGCCGCAUCGCCGCCACCACCCAGCACCUGCGCUCCUACUCGCUCCAGUCCACGGCCACGAGCUUCCCCCAGACACACGAGCAGAUCUCGCAGCCUGAGGACACGCCGUGGUUUAUUGACAAUGAGUUCAAGGCGUCGAGCGCCGACAAGUGGAUCGACUUACACGACCCGGCCACCAACAACCUCGUCACCAGGGUCCCGCAGUCCACCGAUGCCGAACUGCAGGCCGCCGUGGACAGCGCCCAAAAGGCCUUCCCGGCUUGGCGCAACAUGAGCGUGCUGGCGAGGCAGCAGAUCAUGUUCAAGUUUGUGGCCUUGGUCCGGGAGAACUGGGACCGCCUCGCUGCCAGCAUCACCCUCGAGCAGGGCAAGACGUUUGCCGACGCCAAGGGUGAUGUGCUCCGAGGACUGCAGGUCGCCGAAGCUGCUUGCGGCGCACCGGAGCUGCUCAAGGGCGAGGUGCUCGAGGUUGCCAAGGAUAUGGAGACCAGAACGUAUAGGGAGCCACUCGGCGUCACUGCUGCCAUCUGCCCUUUCAACUUUCCUGCCAUGAUCCCCCUGUGGUGUAUUCCCAUUGCUACCGUCACUGGUAACACUCUUAUCUUGAAGCCGUCCGAGAGAGAUCCUGGUGCAGCCAUGAUCCUAGCCGAGCUAGCGCAAAAGGCCGGGUUCCCUCCGGGUGUUAUCAACAUUAUCCACGGCGCCCACCGAACUGUGGAUUUCAUUCUGGAUGCCCCCGAAAUCAAGGCCAUCAGCUUCGUCGGUGGUAACAAGGCUGGUGAAUACAUCUUCUCCCGCGGUUCGGCCAAUGGCAAGCGUGUCCAGGCCAACCUCGGCGCCAAGAACCACGCAGCCGUCUUGCCCGAUGCCAACAAGAACCACUUCCUCAACUCAGUCGUUGGUGCCGCCUUUGGUGCCGCCGGUCAAAGAUGUAUGGCCCUCAGCACUUUGGUCAUGGUUGGCGAGACCAAGGAGUGGCUGCCAGAACUAGCUGAGCUCGCCAAGGGCCUGCAGGUUAACGGAGGAUUCGAAGAGGGCGCCGAUCUUGGCCCUGUCAUCUCGCCGCACAGCAAAGCGAGAAUUGAGAGCCUCAUUGCAAGCGCAGAAGAGGAGGGUGCAACCAUUCUUCUCGACGGCCGCGGCUUCAAGCCCGCAAAGUACCCCAACGGAAACUGGGUGGGCCCGACCAUUAUUAGCAAUGUGACACCAGAAAUGAAGUGCUACACCGAGGAGAUCUUUGGACCCGUGUUGGUCUGCCUCAACGUGCCUACGCUCGAUGACGCCAUUGAGCUCAUCAACAAGAAUGAGUAUGGUAACGGCACUGCCAUCUUCACCAAGUCGGGUGCUACGGCCGAGACGUUCCGCAAGCGGAUCGAGGCCGGACAGAUUGGUAUCAAUGUGCCGAUCCCCGUCCCGCUUCCCAUGUUCUCGUUUACUGGUAACAAGAAGAGUAUUGCUGGUGGAGGUGCAAACACAUUCUACGGACGUCCUGGUAUCAACUUUUACACACAGUACAAGACUGUCACAGCCAUGUGGGCCAGCGCGGAUGCGAUUUCGACCAAGGCCGAUGUCGCCAUGCCGACUCACAACUAA